AGCAGAGGAGGCUCAGGCGCGUCUUUGCCCCGGUCCAAACUCCACUCACAAAGCCUGACAUUACAUCUGUCAGGAGGAGACCUGCAUGGACAAAAACAGGACUACUGCUCACGUUUUCCUGCGAUUUAUGGCGAUGAGGGAUUCCAGCGGCUUAACGCACCUCCACUUACCAAAGAAGGGGCUUUAAGCUCAAUUAUUUGUUAGGAAAACAGUGGAGAGGGAAAGGGGGAGUGCAUGUUACUCGGCGGGAUUCACUUCCUCGGUGCUGCAGAGCAGGAGCUGGAUGACAUGAUGCUGCAGAGCCCGCUCACCUCCACGCCGUUUUCUGUCAAGGAUAUCCUGAAGCUGGAGCAGCAGCAGCAGCAGGCCGGCUCCCUGGAGCUCCAGCACCGAGUUCACAGCACCCAGCAGCACCUGGCCGGCUCUCCUCCUCCUCCACAGCAGCAGCAGCAUUUCCAAACCCCGCCGUCCUGCAUGCUCGCCGGCGCUCGGGACAGUCCCUCCUUCUCGGACGGGGAGGACAACCUGGCGUACCUCAGCGCGCUGGCUGUGCGGGGGGAGGAGGACCGCGGGGAGACGAGCCUGUCCCCGGACAUGUACGUCCAUCCCGGGCUGCAGGGAGCCAAGCUGGAGGCUGCCGAGCUGGACGAGCAGGAGAACAAGGGCUGUGCUUUGGUGUCCCGGGAGGAGGCCUCUGAGGCCGGCCAGGGAGACUCAGAGCGGCCGGCGCAGAAGCAGAGGAGCCGGCGGAGACCCCGGGUCCUGUUCUCCCAGGCUCAGGUCUUCGAGCUGGAGCGGCGCUUCAAGCAGCAGCGGUACCUUUCCGCCCCGGAGCGGGAGCACCUGGCCAGCACCCUCAAACUCACCUCCAACCAGGUGAAGAUCUGGUUCCAAAACCGCCGCUACAAGUGCAAACGGCAGCGGCAGGACAAGUCUCUGGAGGCGGCAGGGCAGCACCACCCUCCCCCACCUCGGCGCGUGGCCGUGCCAGUGCUGGUCCGGGACGGGAAGCCUUGUCUGGGGGGGGCUCAGAGCUAUGCCACCGCCGCUGCUCCGUACGGAUCCAACCCGUACAGCUACAACGGAUACCCGGCCUACAGCUACGGCAGCCCGGCCUACAACAGCAACUACAGCUGCACCUACAGCAGCAUCCCCGCCCUGCCCCCCUCCAGCUCCUCCAACGCCUUUAUGAACAUGAACCUAGGCAACGUCAGCGGCCUCGGAGGAUCCGCGCAGCCGCAGACACACCAAGGGACAGCGGUCACGUCGUGCCAGGGCUCCCUGCAGGGGAUCCGGGCCUGGUAGCGUCCCCCCAGCAAGACUAGAGUCUUUCUGGAGAUUACUGUGGCACAGACCUCGAUGACAGUAUUUCUUGGAUUAAGGUGGACUCACCUUUCAGAUCAGGACAGUUUCCGCCCAGACCUCAGGCCACUUAAACACACCACAGCUGCACUGCACGUGCGUAAAGGCCGGAGCUCUCACAGACCUUUAAUGAAGCACAGUUGGGGAUAUGAUGCCCAGGUUGUGCGCAUUUCUGCUCAUUUUUACCUAAAAGAUGUUUUUAAGGCUUGUUUUAAACUUUUAAUCUUUGCUUUUACUGAGAAAUAAAUGUUUGAAUCUAUUUCACAUCUACUCCAAUAAAUCAGAGAAAU